UUUCUCUACGUGAUCUUUCGCGCUCAGACAUUUAGAUUGGAACGUUUACACACAGUUCAUGAAUCAGAGCGCGUACGCGUACGUCGCCUAUUCAAUGACAAAACACUGAUGUCUAGUUAACGCUAGAUAUUUCGAGACCAAAUGUGAAUAGUAGCCGAGCCGCUAGAGAUGUCCUCGUUAUCAUUAUGACAUAUUGUUUUGCUUGCCUGUGGUUCCAUUGACGCUAGGGUUGUGAACUAUUGAAAUGCAUUCAUGUAUGUCUGAUGCCGAUGGAAAGAGAUAGUUGCGUGAUUAUGUCCCGGAUUGUGUUUUCUUAGAGGAAGUCGCCGUGAAUAGAACGGACUGAGUCAAAAUUAAGUCGCUACCCGUAGAUCUGCCUUGCCAAGGACAAAUAGAUUUAUCGUGGAGAAGUAAGACGCUACUUGCAAGCCCAGCCAAAUUAACUUUCUCGAUGUAAAUGAGCAACGAAGAACAACAUCUUUAAACAACUCUGUAACUCACCGAAGCAAUGCCAAUUGUACUUGAAAUUAUAACGACCUCUAAUAUUUCAUGAAGUGUAAUUCGACCGCUAUGACAUCAACUAGAAAUUGACUUUGAUAUUUAACGGAGGGUAUUUCCUUGCGCAGGCUUCUCGGCAAGAGUACGAUGUAACUGUUCGACAGAAUGAUGCACGCCAUCUACGUCAAAUAAGUGAUCUCUAGUGGAACGAACAUCCCUGGUUACUGCAGUAUUGAAGUUACAUUAAAAAGUGAAACAUUGGAAUUAUCAUACCAACAAGUAAAUAAACUAGCGGGUGAAGUGCACUCUGAUUGUAUACACUUUUCUACGAUUCUACAUUUCAUGUGAACAAAAUAAUACCAAAACUUGGGAUCCAUUUACUCGACUUUAUUGUGCACAUCAAUCAUCAAACUUUGUUUAAUUUUGAUAUCUCGUUAACAUUUUCACGAGGACAUAAUGGCGUCAGAAAGUGACGUCAUGUUAAAUUCGACCAAUAGCAGUGUAGGUGUUGAGGAAGAGGCUGAGAGCAACGAAAAGGUCUUUACCAUCGUAUUGUAUGUGCUUGUCGGCUCGGUAGGCAUUGUGGGUAAUUCGUUGGUCUGCGCGGUCUUCAGCCUCGUGAGGUCACGAAGAAGUCAGGUCAAUCUGUUCAUCCUCCACCAAGCCGUUGUUGACCUGUGCACAUCAUGCUUGCUCAUCAUGUUUGGCAUUACGCAGUUAUUCCGAGAUGAAAUCAUGAACACAUCUUUCGAGCUUCUGAACUCGUCAUCAUCAACAUCCAACUCAUCAGAUUUCACCACCGAUGACCCACAAGACCUGGAAUACGUCCAAGUGGCUAACAUCCCUCUCCCGCUGGCUCAGUUCAUGUGCCGGGUGUGGUGGGGGCGUGUCUUUCUCUUCUCCAUGUUCGCCAUAUCGACGUUCAACCUGAUGUCGAUGGCGAUCGAGCGGUACAUUGCCAUCAUGCACCCAUUCUUCUACGCGACGAAAGUCAAGCGACGGCAUACUCUCCUGGUGAUCUUCCUUUCCUGGCUCAUAGCACCUGUGCUUCAGUACUUCCCGCCAAUCUUCCAGUACAAGGCCAUGGAUGAUACGCAUGAGUGCGGUUAUCAAGAUGACUUCUCAACAACGGCGCAGGCAGCUGUUGGCAUUUGCCUCAUCAGCUGGGAGUUCAUCAUGCCGAGCAUCAUCAUGGGGUAUUCAUCGAUUAGGAUCUUCAGAGAGCUCCGCUACCGUGACAGUUACCUGGUGAAGGCUACCAACUACCUAAUGGACAAGGAGAAAGGCAUCACCAGACAGCCACCCGAACCAGAACCGGAGACGCUGCGGGCUAAUCGCAACACCACCAUGGUUGUCAUUAUCAUCUUCCUCAUCUACAUCAUCUGCUGGGCGCCUAAUCAUUUCACUUUCCUUGGCUUCAACCUCGGCAUGACACUCGAUUUCACUGGGAAAUGGUACCAGACAACCGUCUUGCUUGCCUUUGUGAACUCCUGUAUAAACCCUUUCAUAUAUGCCAUUAGACUUAAGACCUUUCAGAAAGGAAUCGUUCACAUAUGUCGCACUGGAUGUCAACCCAUUUCGUCAGCGAGAUUCGACUCGACUGAAGCAUUGAGUCGCCACAGAGUCAAUACAUUAGUCUUGUGAACGAGCGUCGAAUUCUUUCUAUCUUUUAGUUAAUUAAACGGUGCUUAAUUCCUUUAAGGACUGCUAUUAGUUAUUCUCAUCUGAAAUAUUUAUUUGCAUUGACAUUUUGAAAAAUGCUGAAUCGAGGCUGAUAUGGAGGUUAUACUCGAUAUAUCUUGAUCAAGGAGAAAAACCUCUAGAUACAGUUCAUUGUUGUAAUCUUUGGAGAAGCCUUAACUAUUUUGUGAUAUCUCUUUGAAAGGACAUUGGAGCGCUGAUAUCACCUUGCGUGGUGGACCUGGAGGCUUGAAUUCCCAGUAUGUAUCAUGAAUAGUAUUAUGAUGUUGUUUUUAAUGAUAGGGAGAGGCACAAAAGUGUGCCCGUCUGAAAAUGUAAAUUAAAUUGUUUUAGGUUAUCAUGCGCAAUCUAAUGGGUGUUAUGUGUUAUGAAUAAAAGGUGUUUUGACGACUAUGUUGGCGCCUAUCGCCUUUGAUUUGUCAUAAUUAUUCGAUUCAACAAGACCACGAUGUACCUGGCAAGGAAUUCAUUAAUAGAUAACUUUUAUUUCAUAUGAAGCACGACGUUUUUUGAGGCUGCAUCUGAACUUGUUUGAUCGGUCUGUUGUGAGGUGUCCGUCUCAUCGGUGCUGACUGGGGCAUAUAUAUUAUUUAUUUAAACAAAAUUGGUAGGUGUUUCUGGACUUAUUGAAAAUCAACUACGACAUAUUUAGAUAACAAUAGUGGUAUAUAAUUGAUUAACAUGAAAUGUUACAACUGAAAUACACCCCCAAAAUGCAUAUGUAUAUAUUUAUAAAAGAAAACUUGAAAGUAUGGAGAUAAAUCAAAGAAUCGGGAUAAGUGCAGAGGCCGACUAUCAUAAACAUGAUUGCUUGAGUCGAUAUCUUGCCACGUUGCUCAUCAAGUAAGUUAUGAACAGAAACAACAUAGCACGAAUUCAGCCAUUGUAGGAUGUAGGACUAGGUAGUGGUAGCACGGAGUAUUUGGAAAUCUUAAUCAUAAAUAUAGUUAACUUUCAUUGAUUGCUGAGUGUAAAUGUAUAAAGAGCGAAGCUAUAGUAGGCCUAUUUAAUAUAUUUACUUCUCCCGAUUACUGAAACAACCGGCAAGAGAAGAAAGUGCACCACUUCUCAAGAUAUGUAAAUACAUUGUGUGUUUCUAUGACCAUGAUAACUGAAAAAGUGUGGUACUAUCUAAAGGUUUUUUUAUAGCCGAAAAAAACC